CUCCAGUUCCGCAAACACCACCCCGAAGACGUCCACUUCGGCAUCAUCAUGAAAUGGCUCGUCGACAACUGUCCCAGCUGGAUCCCAGACCUCCAACGUCCGCCUCCAGUCCUCUACCUCGACAUCUGGCCCGUGUUCCCAGACAUCAUGAUGAUGGUCUUUGACGGCCGUCUCUCGGCACAGUUUACGCAGACGAGGAGCUUGCCCAAGCAUCGCAUCACGCGCACCUUUUUGGAGCCCCUGACGGACAAUCUCGACAUGACUUCUGCUGACGGCAAGCAGUCCAAGGUGUGGCGGUCGCGCUUCAAUCCGAGCUUCAGCCCGAGGAACAUCACGAUGCUCAUCCCGGAGCUUAUUGACGAGAUUGUCGUUUUCAAAGAGUUGCUGGCGGGAAUGGCUGGGCCGAAUGGGCAAUGGGGAGAUGUCUUUCAGCUGGAGGAACGCACGACAAAUCUCACCUUUGACGUGAUUCUCCGAGCAACCAUCAAAGUCCUCGGCCUCAACCACAUCCUCGGCAUAAAGCGCUGGCCCUGGGACUCCAUCACGCGAGCGCGCAACAACGCAGCCCUCCGCAGCGCCCUCCUCGGCCACGUCGAGAACGCCAUCAAGUCUUCCCCCCGUCCCGCAGGGGCAAACACCGAGACCAACAACAAGAAGACGAUUUUGAACAUCGCGCUGAGUCGUACACUUGCCGAAACGGGCUGUGCAACGCCUGACAAGGAGGAGAUUGAGGCCGUUUUGGCCAACUUGAAGCUGUUUCUGUUUGCGGGUCAUGAUACCACGUCUUCGACGAUUUGUUGGAUGUUCAAGCUGCUGCAGGAUAAUCCAGAGUGUCUAACCAAGCUUCGUGCAGAGCUUGACGAUGUUCUGGGGCAAGAUCCCAGCCAAGCUACCAAUCUGCUACGAGAUUCGCCACAACUGCUAAACAGUCUGGCAUACACCACCGGCGUCGUCAAAGAAACGCUGCGCUUCUACCCGCUCGCGUCCACCGUGCGCCAAGGCGAAAAGGACUUCUCCCUCACCCUUCCUGGCUGUGGUGUACGGUAUCCAACGGAGGGCACCGCCAUCCACGAUGUCCCCUCCGUCAUCCAGCUCGACGAAGCCGUCUGGCCGCGCGCAAAUGAGUUUCUCCCCGAGCGCUGGAUGGCACCGCAGGGGGAUCCUCUGCAUCCCGAUAAGGACGCCUGGAGGCCCUUUUCCAUGGGUCCGAGGAAUUGCAUCGGGCAGGAACUCGCCAUGGUGGAGAUUAAGCUUGUGGCGGCGUUGGUGUGCAGGGACUUUGAUGUUCGGGAGGCGUGGGCUGAGUGGGAUGCGAAGCGUGGAGGGGUGGUGAAGAAGGAGAUGGUUGGGGGGGAGAGGCUUUAUGGGUGCGGACAGACUGUUCAGCAUCCAAAGGAUGGGAUGCCGGUGUGUGUUAGGCGGCUUGGAUAG